AACCUUUGCAACUGCAACAUGUACGCUAAGUUGAUCAUCGCUCUGUGCGCCGUGGGCGCGGCGUGCGCCGGCAACCUGCACGGAGGAGCCGUGGCCUACAGCAGCCACGUGGUCUCCCCCGCCGUGUCCUCCGUGUCCUCCUACUCGACACACACCGCCCACGCCGCCCCCGUGGCCUACGCCGCCGCCCCAGUGGCCUACGCUGCCGCCCCAGUUGUGGCUAAGACCUAUGCUGCCGCCCCCGUGGCCCACUACGCCACUCCCGUCGCCACCUACGCCGCCGCCCCCGUCGUGACCAAGACCAUCACCCCCGCUGUAUCCUCCGUGUCCUCCUACUCGACCCACACCUCCCACGGAUCUCCCGUCGCGACCUACGCCGCCGCCCCCAUCGUAGCCAAGACCUACGCCGCCGCCCCCGUGGCCACCUACGCCGCUGCUCCCGCCUACAGCUACGCCACCGCCCCCGUGGCCUACGCCGCUGCCCCCGUCGUGGCUAAGACCUACGCCGCUUCUCCCGUGGCUCACUACGCCGCCGCCCCCGUCGCCACCUACGCCGCCGCCCCCGUCGUGACCAAGACCAUCACCCCCGCCGUGUCUUCAGUCUCUUCCUACUCCUCUCACACUUCUCACGGCUCUCCCGUCGCCACCUACGCCGCCGCCCCCAUCGUGGCUAAGACUUACGCCGCCGCCCCCGUGGCUCACUACGCCGCCGCCCCCGCCUACAGCUACGCCGCCCCCGCCUAUGGCUACGCCGCCCUGGCUCACGGCUACGCCGCUCCCGCCUACGGUUACUCUGCCGGCUACGCCGCGGCCGCCCCCGUCCUGAAAUCAGCUGUCGCGUACAACCACGGUUGGUUGAUCAUCGCUCUGUGCGCCGUGGGCGCGGCGUGCGCCGGCAACCUGCACGGAGGAGCCGUGGCCUACAGCAGCCACGUGGUCUCCCCCGCCGUGUCCUCCGUGUCCUCCUACUCGACACACACCGCCCACGCCGCCCCCGUGGCCUACGCCGCCGCCCCCGUGGCCUACGCUGCCGCCCCAGUUGUGGCUAAGACUUACGCAGCCGCCCCCGUGGCCCACUACGCCGCCCCCGUCGCCACCUACGCUGCCGCCCCCGUCGUGACCAAGACCAUCACCCCCGCUGUCUCCUCCGUGUCCUCCUACUCGACCCACACCUCCCACGGAUCUCCCGUCGCGACCUACGCCGCCGCCCCCAUCGUAGCCAAGACCUACGCCGCCGCCCCCGUGGCCACCUACGCCGCUGCUCCCGCCUACAGCUACGCCGCCACCCCCGUGGCCUACGCCGCCGCCCCCGUCGUGGCCAAGACCUACGCCGCUGCCCCCGUGGCUCACUACGCCGCCGCCCCCGUCGCCACCUACGCCGCCGCUCCCGUCGUGACCAAGACCAUCACCCCCGCCGUGUCUUCAGUCUCUUCCUACUCCUCUCACACUUCUCACGGCUCUCCCGUCGCCUACGCCGCCGCCCCCAUCGUGGCUAAGACUUACGCCGCCGCCCCCGUGGCUCACUACGCCGCCGCCCCCGCCUACAGCUACGCCGCUCCCGCCUAUGGCUACGCCGCCCAGGCUCACGGCUACGCCGCCCCCGCCUACGGUUACUCUGCCGGCUACGCCGCGGCCGCCCCCGUCCUGAAAUCAGCUGUCGCGUACAACCACGGUUGGUAAACUGAAUCAAAAUGAUUGUAAAUAGUACUGUUUUGUACAUAAAAUAUAAAAAUAAAAUGCCAUAAAUGUAUUAAUUGAAA